AUGAUUCGAGAAAGGAUGAAAGUUUCUCAUAGUCGGAUGAAGAUCUAUCAUGAUAAGAGGAGGAAGGCGCUUAAGUUCCAGGUGGGAGAUUAUGUGUUUUUUAGAGUUACUCUUGUGACUGGUGUUGGUAGGGCUUUAAAGUCCAUGAAGCUUACACCGCAUUUUGUUGGUCCAUAUCAGAUCUUAGAGAAGAUAGGUGAGGUGGCCUAUCGGAUGGCUUUACUACCAUCGCUUGCUAACCUACAUGAUGUGUUCCAUGUGUCUCAAUUGAGGAGAUACAUUACAGAUCCUUCUCAUGUGGUCCAUGUGGAUGAUGUACAGAUACCCAUGUAUGAGCCGGACAUGGAGAAAAAAACUGUCAUGACUGAGCAAGCCAAUUACCAAUACAAUGUGAUGCCUUUUGGCCUGAAGAAUGCAACAGCUACGUACCAAAGGAUGAUGAACAAAGUCUUAGAGGAAGAAACAGACGAAACUCUUGAGGUGUAUAUGGACAAUAUGAUCGUCAAAUCUGGCGAAGAGGAACUACACGACCAACACCUCACCCGUGUAUUAUGA